CCUCUUCACUCGUCGCGAAGGACAGUCUAAUACUCCUCGUUUUCUCCGACUAUUACACUGCCUACUACCUAUCGUAUCGAUCCAGAAAACGAAACCCUCACAGUUUCUCGUAUUUCUUCCCCUUUAAACCCUAUCGUCAAACCUACUCCAGUCGCGUGCCUACCUCGCACAACACUUCCGCCGCUCCCCUACCUACCUCUAUCCAACAUACAAAAUGCCUGUCUCACCAGCAUCUCCUGCUCAGCCGCAAACUGCCGAGGAGGCUAGACUCAAGGCUGCAUUGGAAAGGAACGCUCUCAAGUUCCACAUCAAGACAAAGAACGCCAAGUGGGCUUGCACUCUGCAGGACAGAGCCUCAUACGAGAGACAAAAGGGGUCCCGGACUAGCUCGUCUGCCUCGGUCUCUACAACAGAGUCCACUUCCAGCACUUCUUCGAAUUAAACAAUAGUUUCUGCUGGAGUGACGCAGUCAUGAAACAAUAGUCAUGCCUGACAUGAAUCUGGCUUCGAUCCCACGACUAAGGAAACCGGGUGGGUGUUGGAACAGCUACCAGGGUCGGAAGUGACGGCCCAGGGCUGGUGGAUGGGGAAGAUGCAGUGUUGCGCUUGUCAGGCUCCAUCUUCUCGUUCACUUCGGGCACCCUUACGAGUUAACGAAUUUGGCUUUUUGCAUUAAUGGAGGGUGGCGUCAACAUAUCGGGGUUGGUCCCCCUAGAAUUGUAUCGUAGCGAAAAACCUGAUAGAGGCUAAGGGAGAUAAAAAGUCCUCGUCUUAGACCAUAGACCAGCGGCAUUGCAUAGCAUGCGUUAUCUUACUCGCUGGGGAAAAAGAAGCAACAUCCCAAUCCCGACAUUUCCGCUGCACUACAGCGAAUCGUGUGUCCCGCUGU